GCUCCCCGUCUGCGCAUGAGUCACCCCGGGAGGCUGGGGAGCUUUGACUAUUUCAGGGGCUGAGCAGCGGAGUUGCCGAGCGGCCGAAGAGAAGCCGGAGGGACUCGCUGGGAGCUGAGCAGGUGCCUCCCCCCUGUGCCCGGGUCGGUCGGUCGGUCGGGGAAUGGGAAGGGAGGAACUUCUGCGGGCGGUUUGAAGCGGGCAGGUCGGGCGCGACCUGGGGAGAAGGUGGGAUCGUGUCAGGACCCUGGACAGCGCCGGCUGGCCGGUCGCCUGUGCUUUCCGGCAGCCAGAGCUUCAGAUCCACCCAGAGCCUCCACCAACAUGCCUGGGAAUCCCUGGAAGUCCCCCCGAGAGGCACCUGCCAUGUCCACUUGCCGCUCCGUCUCUGAAGUCUACCCUCUGCUCACCAAGGGGCGCAUGGCUACCUGGUAAGAAAUGGACUUGGCAGGAGUUCUCUUGGCUUUUAUCCUGGUGCUGGUGCUCGUUAUUUCUCUGCUGUCCAACCUGCUGGUGCUGCUAUGCUUCAUCUACAGUACCGAGCUCCGCAAGCAAGUCCCCGGGGUCUUCCUGGUCAACUUGUCCUUCUGCAACCUGCUCCUGACAGUCUUAAACAUGCCCUUCACUUUGCUGGGGAUCCUGAGAAACCAGCCGCCCGUCGGUGACUGCAUCUGCAAAGCGGUGGGUUUCCUAGAAACUUUCCUCACCUCCAACACCAUGCUGAGCAUGGCAGCCCUCAGCAUAGACAAGUGGAUUGCCGUGGUGUUCCCCUUGAGUUACACCAGCAAGAUGCGGUACAAAGACGCCCUGCUUCUGAUGAGCUAUUCCUGGAUUCAUUCCUUGACCUUCCCUUUGGUCUCCUUGUUUUUCUCUUGGGUAGAUUAUAGCAACGUGUAUGCCUCGUGCACCUUGCACCUGGGAGAAGAGACAGAGAGGAGGAGGUUUACCGUGUUCACCAUCGUGUUUCACGCCACCAGUUUCAUGCUGUCCCUGGUGAUACUGUGUUUCACCUACUUAAAGGUGUUCAAAGUGGCCAGGUUCCACUGUAAAAGGAUAGACAUUAUUACAAUGCAAACGCUGGUUUUGCUGGUAGAUAUCCAUCCCAGCGUCAAACAGCGUUGUCUUAAUGAGCAGAAAAGGAGGCGGCAGCGGGCUACUAAGAAAAUCAGUAUUUUUAUAGGGUCUUUCGUGAUCUGCUUUGCUCCUUACAUUAUCACCAGGUUGAUAGAACUUCUUCCUUUUGUUACCAUAAACUACUACUGGGGGAUUGUAAGCAAGUGCCUCACCUACAGUAAGGCUGCAUCAGAUCCAUUUGUUUAUUCUCUUUUACGUCAACAGUACAAGAAAGUCAUGAUCAACAUUGUCAACAGGAUACUUAAAAGGGACCUGUAUCCUUCAUCUGGCUACAACAGCUCUCUAGACACUGAAAAUGAUUAUUGCUUACACAGAACAUGCUAACAUCCUGACAGUCAUUAGUCUUCAAGCUAGGGCUGACUUUUGCCACCAGAAUGAUAUCACCUGAUUUAUCACGUGGACUGGACACUGGUGAAGCAUACCUUCUGAAUAUGAAAGCUGGAUUCCUGCAAUGCAUUUCAUUGUGGGCUUUCAAAACAGGCUCUUCCAUUGUCUGUAUUUGGUACAGAAUGUAGCUGCAGAGAGACUGUCCAGGAUGGGCAGAGGUGAUUCUGCCUAGCCACUGCUUUGCCUUCUGCACUGACUGCUUCUUGGCAAGUGGAGUAAGUUCAAGGUUUGAGUUUAACUUUUAAAGCCUAUAACAUUCCAGAUGGAAUUUUACUGAGGAUCUAGCAUCCUACUCUCUUCAAGCAAAGAUUAUGGGACCAUUGGAGCCUAGGGCAUGAACAGAUAGUUGGAGCACCAUUUGUACAAUAUAUUUGCAUCUGCAAUCCUGGAUUUGUCUUAGUUUUAGAACAUUUUAAAAGAGUAUUUUAACUGAUGGCUUGUUGUAUUGAUGCCUAGAAUGGGUAUUAUGGAUGAGCACUUUGAAAAUGAGAUUAUUAUUAUUUAUUAUAAGGCAACAUGAUUGUAACAUAGACUUUAAAAGUGGUAUGUGUAUUCAGUAUGCCAGUAUUUUAUCAAGCAUAACCAAAGUUAUCUUGUUACUAUGUAUCUGAUUUACUAAUAUUUAGCACUUUUGUGAUACCACAUAAUUACAAUAAUCGCAGUGACAGCAACAAAGACAUAAUCAGAAUUUAGUUAACUAGCAUCCUCCCUGAUUGAACUAACCUCCUUAUCUCUAGCCUGCUUCUUGUUUGCAUAUAUAUACCUGCCCCUGGAAAUUUCCACUACAUGCAUCUGACGAAGUGGGUAUUCACCCACGAAAGCUCAUGCUCCAAAACAUCUGUUAGUCUAUAAGGUGCCACAAGACUCUUUGCUGCUUUUACAGAUCCAGACUAACACGGCUAUCCCUUUGAUAUUUAACUAGCAUUGUAAUUUAUGUCACUGAGACAGGUCCACACAACACACCUUUUAUUAGGAGGAAAUCAGGUCAAUUAGUUUGUAGAAGUGACACUAUAUUUAAGAUAUUUUUUGUUCAAGAGCUAUCUGAUAACAUAUACCAGGAUAAAAUAGAGUAAUUAUUUUUAAAGAAAAUAUAAUGGGAAAAAAUCUUUCAUACAUCAGGUAAAUUUGGUGAAAAGCAGCAAUAUGGUAUGAGCUUUUGCCUUUAAUUUACCUAUUUAAUUACUUUAUUAAUUAUUACUUAUUAUUAAUUAUUAUUAUUCAUCUAAAAAGUCUUUGGAAAAUACUGGAACAAAUUAUGAACAGUAGUCCAUCAACUAUAUGCUAUAAUGGAUAUGAAUGAGCAGUGUUCUGUGGAGCUCAAUAAACUAAUGCUUUGUAACCAAACAAAAUCAAUUUUAAAAUGUAUUUUUAAGAAGAAGAAUACCUAUAAGACAAAGUAUAGAGUGUUUUUUUUAGGCUAUAGUAGCAUUAAAAUUAGGGACAGAAUAUUGGCCUUGAUCCUGCAAUAAACUGAGAAUUCUGAUCUUGAUUCAGCAAAGCACUUAAGCAUGUGAUUUACUUUAAGCCCUUAGGUAAGUCAUAUUGAAGUCAAUGAGACUAUGCACAUGAUUAAAGUUAAGCAUAUGUUUAACCACUUUGCAGGACCAGGGUCAAGCAUUCAGCAGUUUAAGGACUGAGCCCAUUAUCUGCAAUCUGAGAGGAUUAGAGGGCCCUAUUAAAAUCUCAGCGAAGUCAGUGAAAAGGCUCAUCCUGCAUAGCAAAUACAGUUUCAUCAUGUUAUCCUCUGCUUUCAAAAGCUGAGGUCUUUCUAAUGCAAGUAAAUUAGGCCUCCAUGUUCUGCACCUAUAGCUGGCUAGUGUUAAAGCUGAAUGUGCUCUAUCAUGAUUUUGCCUACUAAGUAAAAUCAUUGUACUCUCUCCGAUUUUGUGUAAAUACAAUAUUUCAGAAAAAAUCUUUUAUAGCAACUGCAUCAGCAGUGUAACAAUGAGACAUCUCUCCUGGAGGAAUGCUAAUUUGUUUUAGAGUCAAGCAUUUUUGUGCCAAAAAGUUUUGAUGUGCUCUAACAUCUGUCACUACGACAUUGAUCUGUGAACUUCAGUGCAUUUGAUGAUAGCUGCAAUGUUUAGCUGAGCUAUAGUUUUUUAAAGACAAUGCUGCUCCCUUUGAGUAUUACAUUUCAUACUUAGCUGAAUGUAUUGCAAAAUGUGAC